AUGGCUUCUACCCAGGCCUCCCCACGACCUCCCAAGAGGGAUCACGAUACGUUCCAAGGUAAGUUACCAUUCCCAUCCUAUGCUACCAGAUGGAGAUACUUACGGAUUACAGACCUCGAAUCCAAGUCUUCAAAUUCACUGCACCCACACACGGCGCAACAUCGACCUGCCCGUCCGGCGCCUAGCUCCGCAUCGGAAUUCAGUGAUGUGCCCUCUGAUGUAGCGAACUCGCCUAUGGUCGCUACUGCGGUGCUGUCAAGUACGAAUACAAAUACGAAUAUACAGUCUGCUCCUUCUGCUUUUGCGGCGAUGAAUGGACAUCCGCCGGCGCCGCCAACCAAGAAGCCAAAGUUGACGUUUGCGGAAAAGGAAAAUGCAAAGUUGCUAAAGGAGGCAGAGAAAGUGAAGUUAGCAAGAGGUAAGGAGUUGAAGGAGAAGGCUAGCGCGGAGGAGAAACGUGCUGCUGCUGCAGAGAAGGCACGAAAGGUUGGAGAGAAGGAGGCAGAGCGGAAAGUUAGAGAGGCUGCGCAAGAGGAAAAACGUGCUGCAGCUGCGGAGAAGAAACGACUGAAGGAGCAAGAUAAGAAGAAGAAGGAAGAGGAAAAGAUGAAGGCCGAGGAGGAGAAGUUGAAGAAGGAACGAGCACAAAAGAAACUAAGUAACUUUUUUACGAUACCUUCUACACCUGGUAGUGGUCGACGAGGAAGUGUUGAUAGUGCAUCUCGAACUUCAAUGAGUCCUGGUCCACAGACUUCGAAUCCAGACACGAAUGCUGCGACUCCGCAGAAGCCAGUCAAGUCCGUCAAGUCGCAUUACGAAAAGACGUUCCCCGAGUUUUUUAUCCACGCCGAUGUCCGAGUUGCUAAGAUCAACCGAUUCGAGAGAGACGAGGCUGCGAUUGUAUCAACGACAAAUACUCUGGAUGCGUAUAUGCUUGGCAAUCGAAGUCCAGGAAGAAUUCACGAGUUUGAUGCCGUUGCUCUUUUUCAUCUCCAGACUAGUCAUUUUCGACGUGGAAAAUACUCUAAGCCAGUCCGAGAAAUUAUGGAGCUUUCUGGAGAUUCGUCACGAAAUAUCAACAUGCUACGAAAAGUCCCUCUUAAGAUCUUGAGUUUUGCAGAAGACGUUCGACCUCCAUAUCGCGGUACAUAUACAAGUCGACCUGCAAAUGCAAACGGUAGGACAAAAUUGGCCAGAAAUCCCUUUCGAAAGGACUUGCCAGAUGCGAAUUACGAUUAUGACAGUGAAGCUGAAUGGGUUGAAGACGAGGACGCAGAGAAUUGUGAUAGCGAUGGUGAGGAAGAGGAAGAUAUCGAAGAUGGAGAGGAUAUGUCAGGAUUCCUCGACGAUGAGAACGAUGAUAUGGCGAAUGCGAAUGCAAAACGAAUGGCCAUCCAUGGUAAUGAUGAUUUGCAGCCCAUUUCAACCGGUUUGUGCUGGGAGGAUAAGCAUAAGCGAUGUACAAACGUGAAGAUGAUGCCCUAUCGGAUGGAGGUUAUUCUUGGUAGGUUGCGAUUUGCGCCCCUCUUUAUAGGUCUCGACUAAUAUAUUAGACACAAUCCCGAAAUCUAUCGACCCCUUUUCAACUGCUUACUGGCCCUCUACCAUUCCAACAAACAUGGAUCCACCCCGCGUUCCACUAGUUAAGAAAAACACACCCGCUGGUAACAUCUUACAACCAGCUCUCACGAAAUCCGUCAAGCAAAUGACCCUCACCAAUGCCCCUACGCCCUCUGCUAAAGCCACGACGAAAGACACCAAACCUAAGAAAUUGUUAGACGCCAAGGACAUCCCUGGUUUCCUAGAGGCGGUCCAAGGUAGCAAUCUCACUAAGGUGGGAUUGAUUGAGGUCUUGAAGAAACAAUUUGGCUAUCCCGGUGCGGCAGUAAAGAAUACGUUGGAGGUUAUGUGUAAGAGGGUUGGAGUUAAGGAGGCGGAUAAGCGGUGGGUUGUUAUUGAGGGGGUGGAGAUGGGUGAUUCGUAGUGGGGAAAGUGGGAGUGGAAUUUUUGUAAUCAUUGGUAUCUUCUUCAUUUUGAGCGAGCGGGCGUUUUUGAGAUGGGGUAUGAGGGUUGGGUGGCGGCUGCCUUUGUUUUUCUGCGUUUGCGUUUGCGUUUGCUCUUUGCUUUGUUGGUUGCAUGGUAUUGCUUUUCUUUUUGGUCGGCAUGGUAAUAAGUUCUUCCUCUCUGUCUUUUCUCGUGGAAUGAAGAGAGAAUGGGAUGGGGGAGAGAGGGAUGAAUGGCGUUCUUGCAGGGAAACUAUCUUUUGGGUAUGGGAUGGGAGGGGAAGGGAGGAAGAGAGGAAACAUCUUUCUCAUUUUUGUAAGUAGGUAGGUAUUCAGUGCAUGCAUGCAUGAUAUGCGGGAGGUACAAAACAGAAUCAAAG